UAUCCAAAAAAAAAGUUAAAGUGCAGCCACUUUAACAAAUAUGUUGAAAUUUUCUGAGUUUCUGACUUCGUUUGAUUCUUCUGGGAAGGGUCCUCCUGCUAUUCAGCAGCCAUAGGGUCUGUAACCCCUUCUGGCUCUCCUUAAGCUCCCCGGGUUUCAAGUUUCAGCCCCUCCUUGCAUUCCAGCCUGCUGAGACUCCCAGAAUCAUCCAAAAUGGAGCCUUUCGGUGCCUACCCACUAAAAUGUUCCGGGCCGAAAGCAAAGAUAUUUGCAGUUUUACUCUCUAUGGUUCUGUGCACUGUGAUGCUUUUUCUCCUUCAGUUAAAAUUCCUGAAGCCGAGAAUCAACAGCUUCUACUCCUUUGAAGUGAAGGAUGCCAAAGGAAGGAUGGUGUCUCUGGAAAAGUUUAAAGGCAAAGCUUCCCUAGUUGUAAACGUGGCUAGUGACUGCCGGUUCACAGACAAGAGUUACGAGACUCUCAGGGAGCUGCAGAAGGAGUUUGGGCCCUAUCACUUCAACGUCCUGGCUUUCCCGUGCAAUCAGUUUGGAGAAUCGGAGCCCAAGUCCAGCAAGGAGGUAGAAUCUUUUGUGAGAAAAAACUACGGAGUCACAUUCCCCAUCUUCCACAAGAUUAAGAUUUUAGGGCCGGAAGCAGAACCUGCGUUUAGAUUUCUUGUUGAUUCUUCCAAGAAGGAGCCAAGGUGGAACUUUUGGAAGUAUCUGGUCAACCCUGAGGGACAAGUGGUGAAGUUCUGGAGGCCAGAAGAAGCCAUUGAAGCCAUCAGACCUCACGUAUCACAAAUGGUCGGGCAAAUCAUUCUUAAAAAGAAAGAGGAUCUAUGACAGCACCGUGGAGUCUGGCCUGUACAACAGGACAGAGGGGCCUCCUUUAGAUUCCAAAACGCAUGGCACGAAAAGAUUCUUAAGGCCAUCUUACUACUCAGUCGCAAUGGCUGUCCCCAAGAUAGAAAUGUUACCUAAAGAGGGAAGAAAGGGGGUUGGGGGUCAGCCAAAGAAUCAUGAUGAAGUAUAUUACUUCUAUUGACCAGAAGGAAAAAGCUAGAAUGCCCAGUCACCAAUACCCUUCAACAUUGUCCAACCUAACUUUCUCUAGGGUUAACCUUGUGGGAAAACCAAUGCCCGAGGUCACCAUGUGGGACAAGGAACACUGUGAGGGUGGCAUUGUUGAGUAACUAACUCUAGAUGUAACAAAAUAUACAAUGAAUGUUGCAAAAUAUAAAGUGCAUUUUUUUCUUCUCAAUUUUUUGAGACAGGACUUCUCUAAGUAGCCCUGGCUAUCCUGGAACUCACUUUGUAGACCAGGCUGGCCUUGAAUUCAGAAAUCUACCUGCCUCUGCCUCCUGGGUGCUGGGAUACUGAGUGUCAUGCCUGGUAAAGUGCAGGCUUUCCAAACAUUGGAUAUAUUUGUUUCACAUACAAAUUUUUAUUUGGUGUUUCUUUAAUAUAGAUUUUAGUGUCUUAU